UGUCCUGUUUUACAUUGUUCAAUUCCAACUGAUUUCAAAGUUGACUUCAAUUUCAAUUCCCGAGAAGCAAGCAGCAAUCUCUGCAACUUUUCCUUAUCUCACCGUGUGUUGAGUAUUUGAUUGAGUCAAGAAUGAAGUAAAAGGUGCAGCAAACAAGAAAGAUGAGCGUUUCAUUGACUGUAAUGACCUUUAAUCUCCUGGAAGAUCAGGCAGAGGACUCCCCCAAUUCAUGGGAUAGGAGGAAGGAUUUGUGUGUUACAGUCAUCAGUAGCUAUUCUCCCAUGAUCCUCUGCACACAGCAAGGGGUGAAGUCACAGUUGGACUACCUACAACAAUGCUUGCCAGGUUAUGAACGAUUUGGAAUAUCAAGAAAAGGACCUGAAGAUACUUCUGAUCAGCAUUGCACAAUCUUUUAUGAAAAGGAAAAGAUAGAGCUUAUAGAAGGCGGAACCUUUUGGUUGUCGGAGUCACCUUCAGUCCCCGGAAGCAUGUCGUGGGGUUCUACAGAGCCGUGUAUAUCAACAUGGGCUACAUUCCAGCUUAAAGGUGUUGAGCCACCAGGCUUCUCAUUUCAGAUUGUGAAUACGAACAUGGAUGAGUUAAGUCCGCGUGCUCGCAGGCGCGGUGCUUUGCUUACUUGGCAGCACAUUGCUUCGUUGCCUCCUAAUUUGCCUGUUUUGUACUGUGGGGGGUUUAACACACAAAAGGAAUCGACUACUGGCCGUUUUCUUCUCGAAGAUCCAGGGAACACGGUGUUGUUGGUGAUAUGAGGGACGCUUGGCCAAAUGCUCGCGUGAGGAAAAAUGUCUCCCUAAUUCGCACUUACCAUGGAUUCAAAGGUGAUAAACAGGGAGCUCUCGAAUUCUUGAAGCUGAUAUUUCGAGCUCUGUGUCUCUGCUGGGAUCGCCAAACUCAGGACCUGCAAGUCGACUGGAUUCUCUUCAGAGGCAGAUCUUUGAUCCCCGUCUCGUGUGAGGUGGUGAGCGACAACGUCGAUGGCUAUUACCCUUCGUCCCACUAUCCUAUUUUCGCUGAGUUCAUGCUUCCGCGUACAGUGAUAUUGACCGAGACUUCAACUCAAGAUCAUCAAAGUUAAACUCAAUCAUUUACAUCAUUAUUUUUGUGAAAUAGUAUAUUUUUUGUGCAGAAGAUUAAUUGGAAUUAAAUAGUGUGGAUUCUUCCGAUGUUCUUGUUUUCCAUUGUGUCUGAAUAUUAUCUGUGAAAAUGGUUAUUAUCA